AUGGAGAGCACAGUAGUCCAUCAUGAAACUGAACUAGUAGUGCAAUUGUACUUCAAAAGUCAGCAAAAGAAGAGGGGUGACAACACAAGUAAGGAAUCGGUGUUGGAGAUACCAGACAGGGUUGACAUCAACGCUCGAUCCAAUUCCUUAAAGGAGCUGAGAGACAUUUGGAAGGGGUGGACGCCUCAGGGACGAUUGACUUUUUCUCAGACGUACAAGUACAUCGGUUUUCUUUUGCAUGUUUUCGUAGACUCCCACAUGAUUGAAGCAUUGGUGGAAUUCUGGAAUCCAUCGUAUUGUUGCUUUACUCUGGAUGGGGUAGACCUUGCUCCCACCAUAGAGGAAUACACUUCACUAUUGCAUCUGGCCAAACUACCAACGCCCUACAGAACGGUCACCGAGGUUAAGGUCCAGAAUCUGAGAGAGUUGAUGGAGAAGGAAGGAAAGGAAGAAGCCCAACUGCAUCUGCUGGCAUUAGCCAUCUACGGCCUGCUUAUCUUCCCGAAGGAAUUGGGAAUCAUCGAUCAUGCCACCAUUACCUUCGUAGCACAAGUAAAGGAAGGGUUGAAUCCAGUCUAUGGUAUUCUGGCCGAAACGUUCCGAUCUCUUAACAGAUGCCGAAUUAGGAGACAUGCUCGUUUGACCUGCUAUGUGCCAUUGCUUUAUGUGUGGAUGAUGAGCCAUUUGUCAUGCAUCCAGGGAUUCUUUCGCGCUUCUUUCUCAACAAUCAGAAUACCUUUAGCAGAGUUUGAAGUAGCUCGUUGGGAGGAACACGCCGGUAGGACCGAAAGGAAAGACAGACUACAGAAUCUAGUCAGCAAGGGGAUUGUAUGGCAGGCACCGUGGAUCGACCAACCCAAAGUGGUAUACAAAUGUGGAAACCUUCCUUGGGUCCCACUGCUAGGUCCCUUGGGUGGAAUAUCCUAUGCACCGCUUAUGUUUCGAAGGCAAGUAGGCGCAAUACAGUUCGUACCCAUGACCUAUGGACUGGCAGAUGUUUGGUUCACAUAUGAAGAUAAUGAUAGCAAAAGGAAGAUCCGGGAAUUUUUUGUAUCAUGGAGGCAUGUGUACAUAGUCGAAGCAACCGGUCAGAACUCGGGAGUCUAG